AUCUUAUCUGCGCCACUCAGAUUUCCCCGCAAUCCUUGGGAUGGGCUUUGCGAAGUCCGCCAGCCAGUGUUGGCAGACGGGUGAGUACUCACGGCUAACUUGCCUGCAAAGUAUUACUACCAUGGCGGACUUUUCUUUAGAAACCCAUAGUAUGCGACAGGAAAUAGCGAGAUAAAUACAUUGACGAGCCCCUCUACAACUCUACAACUCCCGUGCUCCCAAGAAAAAAACGGGCAGUGGUGCGUGGUCUCCGCAUUAUUCGCGUGACCUGCCUCUUGGGGAAGCGACCUAAUGAAUCUAGUCUGGGCUGUUUCUUCCAGGGGCGCGCCAAUUUCAACAUCGCGAUAAAAACGCGGAGAAAAUAUAUUAUAUGUCACCCCCGAGUAGUAACCGUUCCUCAGAACCAUCGACAAAGUGCCGUGCCAACAACCGUUGCGAUGGCUGCUGACGACAUUCGCGAUGACGAAAAGGUCGACGCAGCUGGCGCACCCGCAGCGCAGCUGGCAGACCUGUCCAAGGAGGACGAUGCGAGAAUUCGAAGACGAGUCGACAUGUUUAUUCUGCCCGUCAUGAUGAUCUCCUACAUGUUCCAGUUCCUCGACAAGCUCUCCCUCGCCUUUGCCUCCAUCAUGACGCUGAACCAGGACAUUGGCCUCCACGGCACCGACUACAACUGGGCCAGCAGUAUCUACUACUUUGGAUAUCUUGUUGCCUCGUAUCCGGCGGGCGCACUCAUGGUCCGCUUGCCCCUUGGUAAAACGAUUGCUGCAUCCGUGCUCAUCUGGGGCGUCAUCCUCAUCCUUACACCAGCCGUCUUCAACACCGCGGGCCUUCUUGCGAACCGAUUCUUCCUCGGCGCCGCUGAGGCGGCUGUUGGCCCUGGCCUGGGCCUCGUCGUCUCCAUGUGGUAUAAGCGCAGCGAGCAGCCAUUGCGCCAUGGCACAUGGUUCUUUGGCAACAUGAUUGCCGGCAUGUUUGGAAACCUGGUGGCAUACGGCAUCGGCCACAUUACGAGCAUUCCGGCGUGGAAGGCCCUCUUUGCCAUCUUUGGUGGCGCGACUGUUCUUUGGGCCGUGGGUAUGUUCUGGCUACUACCGGAUCUGCCCCAGACAGCGUGGUUCUUGAGCGCUGAGGACCGAAACAAGGCUGUUGCGCGAACGAAGACGAAUAUGACGGGUAUCAAGAACGACGAGAUCAAGUGGUACCAGGUGAAAGAGGCGAUGCUGGAUCCGCAGAUGUGGCUGCUGUGCGUCAUCAUGCUGGCUGGAACGAUUGCCAAUGGUGGUGUGGCCAAUUUUGGACCUAUUAUCCUCAAGGGUCUUGGCUUCAACACUUUUCAAGCUCUGCUCCUCAACUCUGGAGUGUACUUGUAUCAAGCUUGCGUACUUACCAUUGUCGCUGUCGGAAGUACUUAUCUGCGCAACACGCGAACGAUAUUCUACGCACUCAUCUACGCCGUAUCGCUUGUUGGCGUCCUCAUGGUCCAGCAUGUGCCGACUGAGCAGCGAUGGGUUCGCUUCGUCGGCUACACCCUCAAUUUGACCUUUAGCUCAUCGAUUGCACUCUCGCUUUCGCUAGUCAGUGGCAACAUUGCCGGGUUUACCAAAAAGGUUACUGUGAAUAUGAUGACGUUUGUCGCCUAUUGUGUUGGCAAUAUUAUCGGCCCUCACCUGUUCUUCGAACGUGAGAAACCAGCCUACCCAUCUGGUUUCAUCGCUAUCCUGGUCAGCUACUGCGUUGCCACUAGCUGCUGUAUUCUGCUUCGCGUCCAUCUUAUCUGGCAGAACAGACGACGCGAUCGCAUGCAACAGGAACAAGGCCGUACAGAGAAUCUGACUACCGCCGAGGAUGCUCAGUUUUUAGAUUUGACUGAUAAGGAGAUGAUUAACUUUCGCUAUGUAUACUAAGCACAGUAUCGCGCUGCUAAGCAACAUUAGCUUCAUGUAUUCGUUUAUAUAUCGGUCUAGCAACCGUUCUAGGCGGCGUACAUCUCAAGAGGCUGCGCUGCUCAAACUUUGGGUAUUCACAAGACGACUAAUGAAAAGUCUACUGAGAUGAGCAAUAUGUAAAAUCUUGUUAACACUAUUGGUAUCAUUACACGCUACAAAUUAUCAUUAUACCUCGCCAUCUCAGAACCGUUCUGGUGCUAGUUCGCGAACGUCAUAUAUUCCCAUAACGCCGUUGCUGCCUCCUACGGUCAAGAACCGUGCGUCUGCUGAAAAGGCCAGCUCAUUAACUGUGGAUAAAUCUUCAAAGUGAAUGGGGCUAUGCUGUGGACCGGCUGUCGCAUCCUUAUCCGGCCACGACCAAAUCUCCUCGCCUGUGAUAACAUCAACAAUCGCAAUGGUGCCUCUGGCGCCAAUCUCGGAACCCGAGGUGUUGCAGUAUGCGACAAGACGACAAUCUGGCGAGACACAAGAUGUGCAGUUUGGAAUCGGAAAGGUGCGGGUUGCGUUGGCAGCCAUGUCCCAAAACAAAACGUAACGGUUGGGAACAGCCACAGGGACAAUGUUGUAGCCUGUUCCGCCCCGUCCAGGAACCGUUCGGAAGCUGGCUGGAAUCCAUAUGCAUACUGUAACGCUGCCAUACGUCACGAGAUCAAAUGGCACUGCCGUGUCCAAUUCCUUAUGUUGCCAAGGUCGGACAAUUCUGUAUGGCUUCAGCGGCGACAUCGAGUCAAUUUGAGUCUCCCAGGCUGCCAAGAGUGUUUCUUUUUCUGGGGGAGGAUGGCCCGCAGUUGGCGGUCUUGGGCCAGCCGCAAGCACUAGUAACGGGCUUGUCGAUGAGAAUGCCAGUUCCGGAUAUUGUGGAACAAAUGGUAAACCGGCUUCCUUCAAGUUGAUUUCGCGCAAGCUCAUAAAUGGCUUUUUCUUCUCGCGGCUCGCUAGAUAUAGUUCCACUGAGUGCUCCUCGCCACGAUAGACGGCCAGCGAUGCUCGUCCGUCGAGGGAGUUGUCAAAGAUCUCAUUCUUGGUAGCAGCCCAUCGAUCUGCGUCCGCGAUACACUGAAUACUUUUCUUCUUCACCCAGUCAUAAAUAUCGAUAGAUCUUCCAAAACGCGUCGCGAUAGCAAUAAGCGUAGCUGACUCCGAAAUAAUGGCAUGGCUUCGAAUCAUGUAAUCUCGCGAACGUGACCGAGCCUCCGUAUAGCUGGAGAAUUUGAUCGUGCUUAACAGGUUGCCACUAUCGAUGCCCCAAACGUUGACUAAGUUAUUCCCGUGCUUGCUUGAAAGUGUUGCGCCAGAUGACGAGAUGUCCAAAAAGUGCACACUAUUGUUAGCCCUCUUAGUGUUAACAACGAUGUUCUUCCAAAAGUUCAACACCAGAGGCGUUGCGCUUCGAUGGGAGACUGCUCGACUUCCACCGGAAUAUCUCUGCGUAGGGACCUGGUGCAGCAGUUCAAACUGCGGGGCAGAACCGCCCAUAGAGGGAGUCGAUCUGGUUGUGCUGAUGGAUGCGCGACUAUGAGAAUCUGUGGAUCCCGAAAGACGUUGAGAAGAUGAUGAUUUCGGUGGAGGAAUGGGAGGUAGUGGCCGUGUGGGUGCAGGAUAGAGGCUAUAUGAAGAGGUGUUGGAGACGGAUUGUGCCGAUUUGCCGCUGCUGGUUCUAUAAAGACUUCCACUAGGGACCCUAGCGGAACUUCGCGGCGGAGUGGGAGGACGUGGCAUUGUAUUGUCGAUUCUCGUGCCUGGGUGAUUCCAGCUGUCGAUAUAAGACAUCGGGCUGCUAGGCCCUUCCAACGGGCUCGACUCUACGCUACCGCGAGUCUUGGGACGGCCAUAUUUCAGAGGUGAAGUCGGCGACACAGGUAAUCGACGGGGCUCUGUAUCAGAUGUGUAAAGGCCGCGGCG